AUGCGUGGACCUGUGGACCCAUCGCAGGACUUGGGGUACGCGUCUCGGAAGACCAAUGGUUUGUGCCUCAGCUCUGAGUGGCAGGGUGAAGAGAGCCUCCAGGUCCUGGCGGGAAAGGCAGAAGAGUGUUUCCCACUAAUGGAGAUUGGCGCUGGUGAGGCUGAGGCCUCUGAGCAGUGGGACUAUGUCCUGGUGGCUGAUCACCAGACCCAGCUACACCUGAAACAGGCACAGCGGCAGCGGGACUUCCUGGGGCACCUUGAGCGCAAGGGCUUCCACUUCAAGGUGGUAGAAGACCAGAAACGGGUAUUCUUUGGGAUCCGAGCGGACAACAGGAUCUUUGACUUGUACCGCACUCUCCUUGUGGAUCCUGAACAUCCUGACCCUAGAGUCCAGCCGACUGGGUCGGAGCCUGUCCCAGCCACCACAAGGAUCCGAAUCGUGAGCUUUGUCCUGAACAGCAAGACGGCAGCUGGUGAAACCUUCGAGGAUUUGGUGAAGGAUGGGGUCUUUGAGGCUAAGUUCCCCCUGCACAAGGGGGAGAAAGACCUGAAGAGAAAGUGGGCCCAGUGGAGGAACAUGUUCUGUGAGCAGCCGAUUGACGAAAUCAGGAACUACUUUGGUGAGAAGGUGGCACUUUAUUUUGCCUGGCUUGGCUGGUACACCUACAUGCUGGCGCCUGCUGCCCUGGUGGGCCUCAUCGUCUUUUUCAGUGGGUUUGCCCUGUUUGAUGCCAGUCAGAUCAGCAAAGAGAUCUGCGAGGCCAAUGACAUUGUUAUGUGCCCCGUCGGCGACCACGGUGGUGGCUACCAGCUGCUGUCAGAGACCUGCACUUUUGCGAAGCUCACCCACUUCUUUGACAACGAGGGCACUGUGGUGUUUGCCAUCUUCAUGGCUCUGUGGGCCACGGUAUUCCUGGAGAUCUGGAAGCGCAGAGCUCACGUGGUCCUGCACUGGGACCUAUAUGGAUGGGAUGAGGACCAGGAAGAGAUGGCCCUGGAGCUCAUUAACUCACCUGACUACGAGCUCCAGAUGUACCAGCACUCCUACCUGCGUAGCACGGUCAUCCUGAUCCUCUCUCUGUUCAUGAUCUGCCUCAUGAUUGGCAUGGCCCACGUGCUGGUGGUCUACCGUGUGCUGGCAGCCGCCCUCCUCAGCAACUUCCUGCAGCAGGUGACCACAGCCGUGGUGGUGACUGGAGCCCUGGUACACUACGUGAUCAUCGUGGUCAUGACCAAGGUCAACAAGUGUGUGGCCCUGAAACUUUGUGACUUUGAGAAGCCCAGGACCUUCUCGGAGCGAGAGAGCAAGUUCACUGUCAAGUUUUUCACCCUGCAGUUCUUCACCCACUUCUCUUCUCUCAUCUACAUCGCAUUCAUCCUGGGCAGGAUCAACGGUCACCCUGGGAAGUCCACACGCCUGGCCGGCCUGUGGAAACUGGAGGAGUGCCAUCUCAGUGGCUGCAUGAUGGACCUGUUCGUGCAGAUGGCCAUCAUCAUGGGUCUGAAGCAAACACUGAGUAACUGCAUGGAGUACCUGUGGCCGUGGUUGGCCCAUAAAUGGCGCUCCAUGCCGGCCAUGAUACACAGCUGUGUGGCCCUUGAACCAGAGCUCCGGGAGUGGCAGCGUAACUACUUCCUGAACCCUGUCACCACCUUCAGCCUGUUUGAUGAGUUCAUGGAGAUGAUGAUUCAGUAUGGCUUCACCACCAUCUUUGUGGCCGCCUUCCCACUGGCACCGCUGCUUGCACUCUUCAGCAACCUCGUGGAGAUCCGACUGGAUGCCAUCAAGAUGGUCCAGCUGCAGCGGCGCCUGGUGCCAAGAAAAGCCAACGACAUCGGGACCUGGCUGCAGGUGCUGGAGACUAUUGGCGUGCUAGCAGUCAUUGCUAACGGGAUGAUUAUCGCUUUCACCUCUGAGUUUAUCCCCCGAGUGGUGUACAAGUACCGCUAUGGCCCGUGCCGACAGGGAACCCACUCCACAGUCAACUGCCUCACAGGCUACGUCAACCACAGCCUGUCUGUCUUCUACAUUAAGGACUUCCAGGACCCCAUCAAGAUAGAGGGCUGGGAAAACGUGACUGAGUGCAGGUACCGAGACUACCGCAACUCCCAUGACUACAACUUCUCUGAGCAGUUCUGGUUCCUCCUGGCUAUCCGCCUGGCCUUCCUUAUUCUCUUUGAGCAUGUGGCCUUGUGCAUCAAGCUUAUUGCUGCAUGGUUUGUGCCUGAUGUCCCCCAGUCAGUGAAGAACAAGGUUCUGGAAGAGAAGUACCAGACUCUGCGGAAGAAGAUGUGGUAG